AUGCAGGUGAGCAAUGCUGGCGACCUGAACGGGGAUUACGCCUCGUCUCUGAACGGCGACGGCAGCGUGACGUACGUCUCAACGGGAGUCAUUGCUGCGACAUUAGCUUCUUCGGACGCCCCGGCACAAUGCGCGGACAGCAGCGCUUCAGACUGCACCGUGAACAGGUGGCAGAUCACGCCGUCGGAUGCCGACUCGACGCUGCCCACCUACGUGGUGUACGAUGAAGCGCUUCACCCCUCGACUAUCAACGAGGUUUGGCUAAGGCUUGACAACUGCGGCACCGGCGGGUGCCAGAGCAGCCCCGCAGAGCUCACCAUCGUGUGCGGCGACGGCACGACGGCGGCUGGGUCGGGGACCCCGGCGCCGGUAUCGGUUACCGCCUCCGAUUGUGAGGCGAUCGAGGUCGCAGGGACCUCGGGGGCGGAGAGCGACGGGUUCUACUACGAUGACGGCAGCGAACUAGGGGAUGGCGUGACGCAGUAUGUGGGCUACGACGUCGUCAAUGGGGAGCUGACGAGCAACGGGAGGGCUGUCGUGGCCAACAGGGUCGACUCCACGUGCGCCACCACCACCACCAGCACCGGUGCCGAUGCGUGCAGCUGGCGGCAGUGGUGGAUAGAGCCCUCGUCGAGCGGCACCGUGAGCUACUUUACGUACGACGAGGCUGGCCACCCGGUCGACAUCGCUGCGGGCACCUUGUGGUACACGUCCGACGACACCGUCGUGCCCUACGACGGAGAUGUCGUGGUCACGUGCGCGCCUGCGACAACUCCAACACUGACGCCGGCAACCAGCCCCGCGCCCACCCCCACCGCCACCAGCACCGAUGGAGGCAACGACGAUGGUACUGCGACGCGCAUGCCCGUUGAGGGCACACACGCGCCGGGAACGGUGGCGCCGGUCGUCGCGGGAGGAGAAGACGGCGACGGAGAUGGCGGGGGGGGCAGCGACACCGUGGUGAUCGCGGCGGGCGUGGCGGGCGGCGUGGCGCUCCUGGCGAUUCUGGGAGCGGUGGCGUACAAGCUCAAGAAGAACCCGCCGCCGCCGCCGUCUUACGACGACCUGGUCGGGGCAUGAAGGGGGAAUGGCGACGAAGAAGAGGCAGAUUUGCUCUUUGAUCAGUUAGAGGGAGGGAGGAUCGAACAUUUGGCCCGCGGCAUGUAUGUACACCUGAUGACGUUGAGGCAGGCAAGGCUUUGUUCUGGUGCGGUGUGGUACAUACGUUUCCCCUCAAGUCAUCGUGAGCGUGUUUGUCGCCGAUUCGUCGAUUUGUGUGUGUCCGUCUGAUGCUUGUCGUGGGUGACGGGGGCAGUGUGUGUCCGUCUGAUGCUUGUCGUGGGUGACGGGGCAGUGAGUGCCCUAUUGAUUGUUCGCGAGAUGAGUAGCAAUGGCCCUUGCGUGUUGUUGCUCCAGCAUGCGCUCCGGUAAGUUGUUACUUGAAGCCAAUGGUUCGUUCGUUCGAGCCCAUUGGUGGAAGAGGCGAGUGUCUCGGAGGAUCAUUAGCCGUGUAUGUUUCCGAGCGAUGUGAGGUGCCUUGCUUUGGAGGCGUCUGUGUUGCGCUUUCCUCGACCGUUUGAUGCACCAGCCGUAGGCUCUUGAGUUGCUGGUACCAGCGAGGGUCGUGUGCGGUAUGAUGCCUACAAAAGGUGGCGCACUGCCCCCCAGCGAGAACGACUCGUGUGUAAUGCAGGAUCGGCAACGGAGCGGGCCGUGUACCAGUUUAUGGUGUAGCGGGUGGUCAUCUUCGUCGCAAUUUCGCUUCUUUCGUUUUUUCUUUGCUUUUCCAUUCUGCGGGGGUAAAAAUAAAGAGGCCCGAUCUGACGGUUUUGUUACGAGUUUCCGAGGGAGCCGGUUGUCACGCAGAGAUAGACCUCUUGGGGUCGCGGCUACAUCCCGACGCGCCCACCACCGCUAGCGCCGUGCUCGCGGACAUUGGCCAAACUCAAGCGCUAUUCAAUCUCGUUGCUGAGCUGGUGCUGGUGGCGUGGGGGGGUGUCGGGCGGUGUACUGUAGGUCCCCCGUUUGAGCGGGGAAUAAUUCUACACUGACUGCGAGUGUGUACGUUGUUGUUGUGUUUCGUUUAGAAUGGAGGCUUGUAUGAUGCUUUGGUGUUGUUCUCCAUUGUUGUGUGUAGUUGUUUGGCACUUGUUGUGCAGCGCGGCGUAUGGUCCUGACGCAAACUGCUGUUCCGCGAGGAGAAGAACGAGUGCACUCUUUUUUUUCAUGUUGUGUCGUUUGAGAUAGUCAAACACCAGUGCGUGUGCGUGUACAAAGAAGGCUUCGACGUGGCGUUUCUGGCGUCACCGGCCUCCCGCCCCCUCCGCGCUCUGCCAACCAUUUCAGCGUGGGGAUGGCGAACGGCCGGUCAUACUUUGAUUUCGUCCACGGUUGUUUUGCCUCUCGCGUUUGUCUCUUUUUUUUUCGCGUAAAUCUUCAUAACGAGGUAUUUGCAGGGGUGCCAUAAGCGUAGUGACCCUCUGCAGGUAUUCUUGCGUCCAGGAGAUGUCGCGCUGAAGUUCCUUGCUGCGGUGACGCCCCGAUAGUGUAUGGGAGGGGAUGUCACCGUGAAGACAUUAAACCAGAAAAAAGUAUGUGAGCGUCGUAUCUGACCAUGCCUGCCUAGUUUCUUCCUCCUGACUUGCAGGUUGUCCAAUGGGAUCGAUUGAUUGUGUGCUCGGGGGGGAUUGUAGUCUACGUCUAGUUUGAGGGGGGAGGGUGUGAAUUAGAUGGGAAACUUUGGUUUCCAAUGUACGGGAGGGGGGUGGCCAACCGCUGCUGCGGCUGCAGACUGUAGCCAUAAUCUUACGAUCCAAAGAAAUGAACAAGGUAGAGAUAUGACACCUACUU